AAUAAUUAAAAAACGAUGAGUUGCUUUAGUGCAAUGAAUACACCCCUAUUGGGGGAAAUGGAGCAGACAAUUUGCAUGCUAGAACGCGGAACAAUUGUAACGAAACUAUAUGGAAAACAACGACGCCCCGAUCGGCGACACCUCAUGCUUAUCAGAGAAACCCGUCAGCUGUUAUGGUCCACUGUCGCGGCACAGACACGCACCGAAUACGAGGGAACAAUCCAGUUGCGGGAGAUACGCGAAAUACGCGUCGGCAAGAACUCAAAGGAGUUCCGACUCCAUGCCGAUGACUGCCAGCGUUUCGAGAGCAGCAAAUGUUUUGUCAUUAUGUACGGCAACAGUUUCAAGCUGAAGAGCUUCUCUGUGGUGGCGCUCUCGGAGAUCGAAGCCGAUAACUGGGUACGGGGAUUAAGGUAUAUGGUUAAGGACACCAUUCAUUCGCCGUAUCCACUGCAAAUCGAUCGUUGGCUGCGGCGUGAAUACUAUUCGUUCGAGAAUGUUAACUCGCACCUGACCAAAUCCGACCAGAGCUCCCAAGUGACCAUCAAGGAUUUCAAAACAUUCUUGAGCAACGUUAGUUGCAAGAUGAGCACAAGUAAAUUUAUGGAGUGCUUUACAGACGAUAUAAAACGCAAGCAUGAUCUGAAAUUCGACGAUUUCUCGCGUCUGUAUCAGAAACUCUUGCUGCCCGUUAAUUUCGUCAAUGUCCUUGGUAGUACGCAGUUCGCUUAUUCGGAGGACAAGAAAAUAGUAAGGCCCAUUGAGUUUAAACGUUUCCUGGAAAUUGAACAGCACGAUUUGAAUGCCUUGGAACUGAAUAGUAUAUCUAGUUUUAUGCGCGACUUUGUGCAGGACGUUGAACGCGAUGUGCAGGAGCCAUAUUUAACCAUCUCCGAGUUUGUCGAUUAUCUCUUUUCCAAGCAAAAUGAUCUGUGGGACGCAAGAUUCGAUGCCGUCUUCAUGGACAUGAACCAGCCGUUGUCCUCCUACUGGAUAGCCUCAUCCCACAACACAUAUCUAACGGGUGACCAGUUCUCGAGCGAAUCCUCUUGCGAGGCCUAUGCACGUGCCCUCCGCAUGGGUUGUCGCUGCAUCGAGCUAGACUGCUGGAAUGGCCCUGACAAUUUGCCGUACAUAUUCCAUGGUCACACCAUGACCUCAAAAAUUAAGUUCAUGGACGUCAUCAAGACCAUUAAAGAUCAUGCAUUCACCACGUCCGAGUAUCCAGUAAUUCUAUCCAUCGAACAGAACUGCUCCUUGGAGCAACAGCGAAAUAUGGCACAUGCGCUGAUUGAGGUCUUUGGAGAUAUGCUGCUCACACAGCCUUGCGAUCGAAAUGAACUGCAUUUGCCGUCGCCCAAUCAGCUGCGUCGCAAGAUAAUUCUAAAGCACAAAAAGUUGCCGCAAUUCGAUGAAAAUGUUAGUGCAAUUAAUUUACCUGCGGUUGGUGUUAAUAAUGGAACGAUCGCUUCAUUUAGUCACCGGUCUUCUCUGGGUGGCGCGACGGAUGAUAGCGAGAAUUUGCAGAAAAUCCUAAAGAAAGGCUUGCUGUACUUUAAGGACCCAGUCGAUAAGUCGUGGAACCUCUAUCAGUUUGUGCUCACCCAACAGGAGCUUAUCUACACAUCCGAAAUCAGCGAAUGCCGCAACGGCAAUUCAGAAGAUGAUGAUUUCGGACUGUCGUCCUGCACGCUGAAUAGCAAUAUGCAGCAGAAACAGAAGGAUACAUCGGCCAAUGAUGAGCUGCAUUUUGGUGAAAAUUGGUUUCACGGCAAGUUAGAGGGUGGAAGACAAGAGGCGGAUCAGUUGUUGGAAACUUACAAACACCUUGGCGAUGGCACAUUCUUGGUGCGCGAGUCGGCCACGUUUGUGGGGGAUUAUAGCUUGUCCUUCUGGCGGCGCAAUCGGCCCAAUCAUUGCCGUAUUAAGCUGAAACACGAGAAUGGCUCCAUUAAGUAUUAUCUGGUUGAGAACUUUGUAUUUGAUUCGUUGUACUCGUUGAUUGUGUACUACCGCAAGAAUAUGCUGCGUAGCUCGGAGUUUUCCAUUAUCCUCAAGGAGCCAGUACCACAACCAAAGAAGCACGAGAGUCAGGAUUGGUUUCAUCCAAAUACCACAAAGGAGCAGGCCGAGCAGGGUCUGUUAAAGCUGGACAUUGGAUCGUUUCUGGUGCGGCCAUCGGUGCAAAGCGUCAAUGCGUUUGUCAUAUCCUUUACGAUAAAUCGCAAAAUCAAACACUGUCGGAUCAUGCAGGAGGGUCGCCUGUAUGCCAUUGACACAAUGCAAUUUGAGUCCUUAGUAUCGCUAAUACACUAUUAUAUGAGGAAUCCGUUAUAUCGGAACGUCAAACUCGUCCAUCCGGUUUCCCAGGAGCUACUGCGACAGAGCCUAAUAGAGAAUGCCCAAUUGCACGGUGAGCAUAGCAAUAACGAUAGCUCUGGUGCCUCCAAUUAUAUGGGCUCCAAUCUGGAGGAAUAUGUCACAUGCAAGGCCCUAUACAGCUAUAAGGCCGACAAGCCAGACGAGCUCUCCUUUCCAAAGCACGCGAUCAUAACGAAUGUGCAGAGGAACAACUCGAUGUGGUGGAAAGGUGAUUACGGUGGCAUGAUACAACAACAUCUGCCGGCUAACUAUGUCAAGGUCAUUGAUUCUGCAACUGAGGAUUACAAUUCGGUCACUGAGGAGGGCAACGAUGGGCGCACCGAUUCAAUUGAGAUCUAUGGCGCAGUGGCGUCUCUUUUCGAGUCAAACGAGCCUGGAAUUAUAAUAAAGCUGCAGAUCCAAACGCCAACGAUGCAAAAUCCAUUUAUAAUCGGAUUUGACAACCAGGAGACGGCCUACGAGUGGAUCAAAUCCAUACAGGACGCAGCACUAAUUGCUAGUCAAUUGGCCACAGAACGACGUAAAAAGGAGCGCACGGCACGCGUGGCCAAGGAGAUGUCCGAUUUGAUCAUCUAUUUUCGCAGUGUACCGUUCCGGGAUCACUCUUGGAUAUUCCAAGAGAUGUCCAGCUUUCCCGAAACAAAGGCCGAAAAGCAGUUUAUACAACAAAAUAUGCCGCUCUUCCUGUCGUAUCAUCGCAAUCAAAUUAGUCGUGUAUACCCGAAGGGUCAACGCUUGGACUCAUCCAACUUUAAUCCGGUGCCCUUUUGGAACAUUGGCUCCCAAAUGAUUGCACUGAAUUAUCAAACUGGCGACAAGGCCAUGCAGCUCAAUCAGGCCAAAUUUCGAAAUAAUGGCCAAUGUGGCUACAUACUAAAGCCAGUGUUUAUGAUGUCCGAGAAUUUCAAUCCCAACAAUCCCUUGUCUGACGGCCUCAUCGAAACGAAGGUUAGCGUGCGCAUCAUUGCAGCUCGGCAUCUAUUCCGCGGUGGCAAAUCGAACAAUCCGCAAAUUGUUGUGGAAAUCGUUGGCGCCAGCUUUGAUAGCGGCAUCAAAUACCGCAGCAAAGUCAAUGAGAACGGAUUCAAUCCCAUUUGGAACGAAUCCUUCGAGUUCACAGUGCACAAUCCGCAGUUUGCGCUGCUGCGCUUCGAGGUCCAGGACGAGGAUAUGUUUGCCGAAACGCAUUUCAUAGCCCAGGCCUGCUAUCCAUUGACCUGUGUGCGCCAAGGCUAUCGCAGCGUGAUCCUGCGCAACAAGUUCAGCGAGGAGCUGGAGCUGUCCUCGCUUUUGGUCAAUAUCGAGAUUUCAAAUCGGGAAUCUACUUAGUGCAAUAACACAGCCCGAAUUCAAGUAUUUUUAAACACAAUGCAUACAUAUCACAAAACAACACGUACAUACAUAUCUUACCCAACCACAUAUUAACUACAUAUACAUACACAUAUCGCAGCUAGCAUUACUUAACAAAACUACAUUCUGCACGUGAAAGAUUUUUACAAUCUGCACUUGCGACAAAUGAUUUUCGCAUUCCUUUACGAAGCUUAUGUGUGUUUAUGCCAUGGACACUUCGCGAAAUCAGUUUUUUAAGAGUGUGCAUUUCAUGAUAUGCUGCGUUUAAAUUGUAUUUAUGCUAGCCAAUUUCAUGGAACGUAGCUAACGCCAAUUCACGAAUUCGAUUUACACACGAAAGUUGACUAUGUUUACGUUUAUACGCCAAAAUACUAGAAAGUGCUGCAUAAUAUUUUUAAUAUAUAUUUAUAUUAUAUACAUAUCAUGCUAUUCCAGGAAGAAUUGCUUAAAAUGUAUUACUGUCUAAGUGCAAAAGAUGUAAACGGUCGGGAAAGUAGGACCGAACGGAUUAGGACUAGCAAAUUGUGACUGAUACGCUGCAAGCCGGUUCGAAUCAAUGCCUCGCCCAGGUUUUAGUUCGAACAUUAGUUCGCUACAUUUUUAACAAUUUUAUAUAGAGCACUUCAAUUCUACACAAUUCUCUUGAUCCGGUAUUAGGUAAUUUUUCAUAUUCAAAGUACUUAAACAAGUCUAAGGGCAAUGCCAAAAACUAACUAAUUUUACAAGAACAUUUUAAAUCAAACAAAAAAAUAGUUUUCUGGGUCAAAGGUAAUCCGGUUUAAGGCUCGGUUCAUGAUACAUAUGAAAUUGAAAUUCCAGGUUCCAACCUUUUCGGCUUUAUUUGUAGCCCAGCUUAAAAAAGAUACGCCUGUCAAUUAUCUGUAGGAUAUCUCUCCAUAACAAAGUGAAAAAAAGGGAAAAGCAUAUCAGUAUUCCAGCCGUUCGAUUUGCAAUUUGACAAUUUAGAUUAUUUGUAAAUGUGUAAAAAUAAACUCAAGGUGUACAUUUUGAUGGUAUCGCCCAUAUAAUUACUUAUAUAUAAUUUAUAAGUGAAAUGUGUUCAUUUUAAAAAUUGUUUUACUAAUCAGUAUUAUGAUUUUUCCUGACUUAGGUCAGUUACGUGCACAAAGCAUAAUUUUCACAGUGCAAGUCGGGCGUAUAUACGUAUUAAUGAAGGUAUCAAGUCAUUUGAUGAAUUGGUGAAUCGCAACCUAGUUAAUUUCUGUUAAAAACAAUUCUAACAAUUCAUUCUGUGAGUUCGAGAACAAUGUAUUUGAUGUGUUUAUGCCACAGUUUUGACUAACGUUUAAUUUAAAAUCAUAAAAGUUUGCUUGUAAAUUCGCAAAAUGAAUGUGAAGUAAAGCAAUUCACCUUUUCACUAUACCAAUGCCAACUUUCGCGUGAAAAUCAAAUUGUUGGAAAGCAAUUUUAGAUUGGAUUCAUGAAAUUCAACUAUUUUUAGUGCUUACAUAACAGGCUUAUCAUAAGAUCCAUAUUAUAAACGUAGUAAUCGCAUGUAACAUGAGCCGCAGCCAACUUAAU